GCUCGCCUGACAGCGAUGAGUCAAGCUGCCGGGGCCAAUCGCCAGCAGAAGGGAACAAAGGGAAGGGGGGAGGGAAGCCCCCCCGGCCGCACUAGAAAGCCCCGGGGGAGGCAGAGCCCUGCGGCUCCCGCUGACAGCAGCGCGGCCGGUGACCGGGUGCCUGGCUCCGCGGCGGUGUUUCUUCUUUCUUCAUCGACCUUCUCCUCCUCGCCGAGCUUAAAGGGGGAAAGCAGCGUCCGGCGAAGGGAGAGAAACUUGGGUCGGUGCGUGGGGUGUCCGGCGAUCGGCUCGGUCCUCGCGAUCAAGAUGAAAAGUAAAAAAGGUGUAGUUGCAAUAUCAGGCAGUGAAACGGAGGAUGAUGACACUAUGGAUGUCCCACUGGAUCUUUCCUCAUCUGCUGGCUCAGGCAAACGGCGGAGACGUGGCAACCUGCCCAAGGAAUCUGUGCAGAUUCUUCGGGACUGGCUCUAUGAGCACCGAUACAAUGCUUAUCCUUCAGAGCAAGAAAAAGCGCUGUUAUCCCGACAAACACACCUUUCCACACUACAGGUCUGCAACUGGUUUAUCAAUGCACGCCGCAGGCUGUUACCUGACAUGCUAAGGAAGGAUGGCAAAGACCCAAAUCAGUUCACUAUCUCGCGGCGAGGGACUAAGCUUCCCGAGGGCGGCCUGGUGGAGUCUGCCAUCAGCACAAAGAACUACAUUCCCCUGCUGGAUGAGACUGCCUUCCUUCCCGCUGCCGCGCCGCUCGGCAAAACUGUGUCCUCUCCCAAGGCGGCUUCCCCGGGAUCGGUCCUGGCUCGGCCCUCGGUGAUUUGCCACACGACUGUGACUGCGUUGAAAGAUGCCCCUUUCCACUUUUGCCAGCCAGCUGAUGUAGGCCAGACCACGGACCUGCAGCAGGGCCCGGCUGGCGGCUUCACAGAUAGCCCCCUCUCCUGCCACGAGGACGCAUCCAAACUGGGACCUGGUGCAAACGCACAGAGUGGGCUCUUUAACACUCCUCCUCCAACACCACCAGACCUUAACCAGGACUUUAGUGGAUUUCAGCUUCUGGUGGAUGUUGCACUCAAAAGGGCGGCAGAGAUGGAGUUGCAGGCAAAACUUAUGGCCUAAAUCCCCUUCCUUCUCCUUCCCCGUUUUGUUUUACCAGGCAGGGAUCUAACAGCUGUGUGGUUAUUGCCACCCACACAAUAUCAAAAGACUUCACUGCGUUAUUAUUAUUUUUUUUAUUAAUCUUAUUUGCACAAGGGGAUUGCUGAAAUGAAGCUUCCUGUCACUGAGAUGGUCUUCAGUGGAAUACGGUCAUUCCAAGAAUUACGAACUUAAAGCUACUGUAGAAAGAAAGGAUUGUGUGUUUUGUUGGGAUUUUUUUUAAUGUUUUCUUUGUAGAUUUUUCAUAAUGUGAGAUGUUUCCCAAGAUCAUGUGAUUUGUUUUGUUUCUUUCAGACUGUGCAAUAUCUAGUAAUGAUAUAGAGUCUUCUUAUCAUUCCCAUGUGGAACGGAAUAUACCGACACGCUGUCUAAAUUUUCAAUUUUUUUAACAAUACAAACUUUCGAUGAUCAUGCUUUUUUCCCAUAAUAUAAUAAAAUAUUUUCUUUAAAAGUAA